GUCAGUAUUCUACAAAUUCUCGCCAGUGUAACGUCGCAUAAUUUACCUCUCACGAACUCUUGCAUAAUUCGAUACACAAUGGAGGCCUGGGCAAUGAUAUUGGCCUUCGUAGCAGUGAUUCUCAGUAUUUAUUACUACGUAGUAAAGGACAUGAAUUAUUUCAAAAAAAUUGAUCUACCAUAUUUGGAACCAUGGCCGAUAUUGGGCAACAUGGGUGCAGCAUUCUUACGUCGAAAAACAAUUAGUGAUAUAAUCGUCGAUACUUAUAAUGUAAAUCCAAAGGCCAAAUACGUUGGUUUCUUCGAUUUGAAUAAUCCGAUUUUGGUGAUUCGUGAUCCUGAAUUAAUCAAAAUAAUCGCUGUGAAGAAAUUUGACAAUUUCCCGGAUCAUCGAUCUUUCGUCGACGACGUACAGGAUCCACUUUUCGGAAAGGCUUUAUUUUCGUUAAGAGGAGACCGAUGGAGAGAAACCAGAACGAUGUUGAGUCCAGCAUUUACUUUGAGCAAGCUAAAGGGUAUGUUCAAGUUGAUGAACGAAUGCGGAGCAGACUUUACGGAUUAUCUAUCGAAAAUGCCAAAGGAUAAGAAAACUAUAGAGAUGAAGGACGUCUUUGCGAGAUAUACCAACGAUGUAAUAGCCACCUGUGCCUUUGGUAUAACUAUAAAUUCGAUGAAAGAUCGAGAAAAUGAAUUUUACGUUCUUGGCAAAAACGCAACUAACUUCGACGGUAUUAAAACAUUGAAAUUCCUCAUGAUACGUUUUUUCCCAACGAUAACGAGGCUAUUCAAGAUCAAUAUCAUAUCCGAUAAUGUUGUUAAUUUCUUUAAGAACGUUGUCGAGGAGGUUAUCAACAUUCGAGAUCGAGAUAAGAUCGUACGGUCGGAUAUGAUACAAUUGAUGAUGGAAGCUAGGGACAAGAGAGCCGAAAUGGGACAAGAAUUACCUAUGAUGGAUAUAGUAGCUCAGGCGUUCAUAUUUUUCUUUGGUGGCUUUGACACCGUCUCCACGGCCAUGUGUUUCACGUGUCACGAAAUUGGUGUCAAUCCGGAUAUACAAAAAAGAUUGCAACGAGAGAUCGACGAUGUUAUUGAAAAGACCAAUGGAAAUCCAACUUACGAAGUUAUCAAUAACAUGGAAUAUUUAGACGCAGUGAUAAGCGAAUCUCUACGAAGAUAUCCGGUCGUUGUUUUCCUCGACAGACUCUGCGCUGAGAGUUACGAGUUACCACCAAGUUUACCAGGUGGCAAACCUUUCCUCCUGAAAAAAGACAUGAAUAUAUGGUUCCCAAUUUAUGGACUCCAUCACGAUCCGAAAUAUUUCGAGGAUCCGUACAAAUUCGAUCCCGAAAGAUUUAUAAAAAACGGGAAGGAGAUCAACAAUUCCGGUGUUUAUUUGCCCUUUGGAUUGGGACCUAGAAUGUGCAUUGGUAAUAGAUUCGCUCUACUCGAGAUGAAAGUUUUGAUAUUCCAUUUGUUGGCAAGAUGUAAUCUGAAGCCUUCUUCCAAAACUCAGAAUCCAUUGCAAUUAUCCAAGAAAGGAAUGGCUAUGACUGCCGAAAAUGGUUUUUGGAUGGAUUUAGUGGAUAGAGAAGAUGUUCAUCCUACUCUUAAAAAUUUUGUGCCUAAUAGCAUUGCACGUGAUGAUAUUAACGCUGACGCAUCCACCAAUGGUAUUAAUAAUAGUCAUGCGGUUAAAGCUUGAAAUAUGAGAAACAAAAAAAUUAAUGAUAAUACUCGCGAGUGAAAUGUUAACUGCAUCAAAUUUAGAUUACAUGUUUGAGCUUUGUAUUAUUAUAGACUAUCAUGUUUUGAAUUAUAAGGAACUAAGUGCAUAUUAAAGUGUUUCUGGAUUGUAUACUGUUUUAUAUAACGGUGCAAUUGUAUUUGUUAUCUUAUCGUAUACUACGAUAUAAAUAAUACAUCAAUUCAAUGCAUUUUAUUAUUAUUAUUAUAAUAAAAUAGAGUUUUAUUAUUAUAAAAUAGAAUUAUCUUUGAAAUGAACGAACACUUCUACAAAACAUUUUUAUAUACAAAUGUAGAUACAUAUAUAUUCGCUUUUAUUAAAAGUU